CCGCACUCCCACUCCCUUUACCCCGCGGCUUCCGCAUUCCCAACCGACGCCAAACACUAUUGUCGCAUGACAAAGCGUGAGCCUCAAAUUGAUUGAUCAUGGGCAAGUCACAGUCAAAGUUAUCCCCGACCCAGCUUGAGGAGCUUCAGAAAGCAACGCAUUUCGAUAAAAAAGAGUUGCAGCAAUGGUAUAAGGGCUUUCUGAAGGACUGCCCGUCCGGGCAAUUAACAAAGGAGGAGUUCCAGGACAUCUACCGAAAAUUCUUCCCCUUCGGUGAUCCGUCCUCGUUCGCGAAUUAUGUAUUUCGGGUUUUCGAUUCAGAUAAUAGCGGCAUGAUCGAUUUCAAAGAGUUUAUCUGCGCACUGUCGGUCACCUCGCGUGGGAGGAUGGAGGACAAGCUAGACUGGGCGUUCCAACUCUACGACAUUGACGGCGACGGGAAGAUCACAUAUGACGAGAUGCUGGCGAUUGUCGAAGCGAUUUACAAGAUGGUUGGCUCGAUGGUGAAGCUCCCCGAGGACGAGGAUACACCAGAGAAGCGGGUUCGCAAGAUCUUCCGGAUGAUGGACAAGGACGAGAACGGUAGCCUCGACAUGGAAGAGUUUAAAGAGGGGAGCAAGCGCGACGAGACGAUUGUCAGUGCGCUGUCGCUGUACGAUGGACUGGUAUAAUUGCUUUUAUCAGGUCCGUUCCUUUGCUUCAGGCUGGCGAUCUCAUGUCUUGUUAUUGGCGAAAUCGGCGCUCGUAUCUAUGUUCUUUUCAUUUCUUUUAUAUACUACAUUGCCCUU